GAGGGAGCCAGGGUUCAGGGUUUCCAGGCACAGGCUGAACUCUGGUUCUGAGAGGAAAGGCACUCCAGGGUUUUGGAGUGGGCCACCUGAACUUGACCCUCAGGGCAGAUAUCCUAGAGUUCCAAGGAAGGCCCAGGCUGGGCCAAGAAGCCACCUCCAGAAUGCUGUUGUGGUGACACAGAGCACGCAGGGUCCUUCCCCAGCUCUGCUCUUGUCUUUCUCUGGGGGUGGGGUGGGGGGACGACAAUUGGAACCUGGACUGCCCAGGAGGCUGGUAGUGGGUUGGGCAGAAGGAAUGCAGCCCUGGCUCUCAGCCCAGAGGCUUUGGGUCCGCCUGAGGCUGCCUUGGGGGUGGUGGUGGUAUACCUGGCUGGGCAGGGAGCUGCGACCAAGGGCUCUGUGUCUGAAUUAGCUUAGGGUGUUUGUGGGGAGUGGGGAGUGGAGGUGUGGGUGGGACUGAGGGUGGGUGGGUAGCCCACAGCUUGGUUUUCUCCUCUGCUGCCUUGGGCCAGGCGUGUUCCUUCUUGUGUCUAGGCUGCUCCUGGAGUUGGGAGAAAGAAGGCUAAGUUAGUGCUGGAUGACAAUGACCCACCAAAGACUGCUGCUGAAGGGUCCUUGCCUCCUAAGGAGACUGCCACCAUGCAGCCUCUGAAGUGGGAGAAGCUGAGAAGGUGAAGCCGCUAAUGAUGUAACUUGCAGAUCCCUGCUGGAUCAACUCAUUUCUCUGUGCAGAAGAUCAGCCACUGUUCAAGGAAUAUAGAGCCCCACUCAGGGCCAAGGAGAGGCUCCAGAAAAAUCACAAACACAAGAAUGUGUGUGAGGUACUGGAUAAAGCUGAGCAUGCUGUCCCAGGCAUGGGGCCUUCUCACCGGUUCUCUGAAGCCACCCCCUCCUUUAUGCCUUGAGGCUGCUUGCUGAUGCCAGGAGUAAAAGAAAUGACUCCUGCCCCUCUGUCUGUGUCUCUCUGUCUCUCUGUCUGUGUCCACCCUCCCCCCCCACCCCCCAAAUCUGUCUUCUCCUGGCAGCUGCAGAGAUUUAUAAUUUACCUGCCUUGUUGUUUCUCUCUUACACUCUAAUAAAACUCAAGCUUCCGUUUGAGUCUGUUUUUCACUAAGGAGACUAAGAAGCCAACAGAGGGAACCCUGGUUCCUCCCUGUAACACCGCGUCUGACGGAUGAACUGGCUGGCACCUUGAUGAACUUGGCUCUGGUUCCCUCAGUCACGACCUCGUGUGCAGGCUGGACUGGACUGCAUGGCUUCUCACCUCCUUGCUCCUCAUCCUUCUUCAAGCAAGCUAUGGUUCAAACCAGCCUCUUCCACCAUUUGUUCUGCCUACAAGCCUUGUCCUCCUUCGUGCCCAUCCUCAGAGAGCCUCAGUUUGCUAUAUCCCAAAUGGAUGCAUUUCUGACACUGUAAAAAGAUCUUGCACCUCAAGGAUCGUGAGUUACGGUCUGAGCAGUCACCAUGCAGUAAUUAAUAAAACGUCUUGGCUAAGGCUGGAGCAGAGGAAGUUGGCGGUCAGCCUGUCAGAGGUGACAACUGGAGGGAGGAGUGGGGGUGGAGCCGUGAGAUGGGUGGGAGGGGACCUGCCAGUGCUGGGGCAGUGCUGGAGUUGCACCCGAGGAGCCAGCCGUUGGCAUUGCACAUCCAUCCACUCCCAGAGUCAUGAGUCGAAGGAGUCUCUCGCUCUGGUUUCCCCUGCUGCUGCUCCUGCUGCUGCCGCCGACACCCUCGGUCCUGCUCGCAGAUCCUGGGGUGCCCUCACCAGUCAAUCCCUGUUGUUACUAUCCGUGCCAGAACCAGGGUGUCUGUGUCCGCUUUGGCCUCGACAACUACCAGUGUGAUUGUACUCGCACGGGCUACUCAGGCCCCAACUGUACCAUCCCUGAGAUCUGGACCUGGCUUCGGAAUUCUCUGCGGCCCAGCCCCUCGUUCACCCAUUUCCUGCUGACACAUGGAUACUGGCUCUGGGAAUUUGUGAAUGCCACCUUCAUCCGAGAAGUACUCAUGCGCCUGGUACUCACAGUGCGGUCCAACCUUAUCCCCAGCCCUCCGACCUACAACUCAGCGCAUGACUACAUCAGCUGGGAGUCCUUCUCCAAUGUGAGCUACUAUACUCGCAUUCUGCCCUCUGUACCCAAAGACUGCCCCACACCCAUGGGGACCAAAGGGAAGAAACAGUUACCAGAUGUUCAGCUUCUGGCCCAACAGCUGCUGCUGAGAAGGGAGUUCAUUCCUGCCCCCCAGGGCACCAACAUCCUGUUUGCCUUCUUUGCACAACACUUCACCCACCAGUUCUUCAAGACCUCUGGAAAGAUGGGUCCUGGCUUUACCAAGGCCUUAGGCCACGGGGUAGACCUUGGCCACAUUUAUGGAGAUAAUCUGGAACGACAGUAUCACCUGCGGCUCUUCAAGGAUGGGAAACUUAAGUACCAGGUGCUGGACGGAGAGGUGUACCCACCUUCCGUGGAACAGGCGUCCGUGUUGAUGCGCUACCCACCAGGUGUCCCGCCUGAAAGGCAGAUGGCUGUGGGCCAGGAGGUGUUUGGGUUGCUUCCGGGGCUGAUGCUCUUCUCCACGAUCUGGCUUCGUGAACAUAACCGCGUGUGCGACCUGCUGAAGGAGGAGCAUCCCACGUGGGAUGAUGAGCAGCUCUUCCAGACCACUCGCCUCAUCCUUAUAGGAGAAACCAUCAAAAUUGUCAUUGAGGAGUAUGUGCAGCACUUGAGUGGCUAUUUCCUGCAGCUCAAGUUUGACCCGGAGCUGCUGUUCCGAGCCCAGUUCCAAUAUCGAAACCGCAUCGCCAUGGAAUUUAACCAUCUCUAUCACUGGCAUCCACUCAUGCCCAACUCCUUCCAAGUGGGCUCACAAGAGUACAGCUACGAGCAGUUUUUAUUUAACACUUCUAUGCUGGUGGACUAUGGGGUUGAGGCACUGGUGGAUGCCUUCUCUCGCCAGAGGGCUGGCCGGAUUGGUGGAGGUAGGAACUUUGACUAUCAUGUUCUGCAUGUGGCUGUGGAUGUCAUCAAGGAGUCCCGAGAGAUGCGCCUACAGCCCUUCAAUGAAUACCGAAAGAGGUUUGGCUUGAAGCCUUACACCUCUUUCCAGGAGCUCACAGGAGAGAAGGAGAUGGCUGCUGAGUUGGAGGAGCUGUACGGUGACAUCGAUGCUUUAGAGUUCUACCCGGGGUUGCUGCUGGAGAAGUGCCAGCCCAACUCCAUCUUUGGAGAAAGUAUGAUAGAGAUGGGGGCUCCCUUUUCCCUCAAGGGCCUCCUAGGGAAUCCCAUCUGUUCCCCAGAGUACUGGAAACCCAGCACGUUCGGUGGUGACGUGGGCUUCAACCUUGUCAACACAGCCUCACUGAAGAAACUGGUCUGCCUCAACACCAAGACCUGCCCCUAUGUUUCCUUCCGUGUGCCAGAUUACCCUGGAGAUGACGGGUCUGUCUUAGUGAGACGCUCCACUGAGCUCUGAGGGAGCUGGAAAGCAGCCUCUGGAGGGAGGAGUUUUGUUCCUGAUGAAGACAGUCCUUGAUGUGGGUUUUCGUGGCUUGGCAUUGUGAGAGCUGAUGCUCACAUUUGAAACUUUGGGUCUUACCCUUGCCUAGAAUAUUGUGAUUUUGCCACUUUCGGAUGUUGAAUUCUUUGUUAACUAAGAAAGUUAGAAGUGGUUUUGUCUGCCUCCUCAGAACUUGGCUCUUUGUUGGCAACUCAGAAAGUCAGAUUUCUGGUUGAUUUGGAAUAUAGGCUUAAAACUUUAUAUUAUAGGGUAGGGUGUGGUUGCACACACCUUAAUCCCAGCACUUGGAAGGCAGAGGCAGUUGGAUCUCUGGGAGUUUGAGGCCAGUUUGGCCUAUAUAGUGAGUUCUAGGCCAGCCAUGGAUGCAUAGUGAGACUCUUUCUCAAAACAAACAAACAAACAAACAAACAAACAACUUUUAGAAUGUAGAAUUCCGUAAAAAAAAAAAAUCCCUUGAAAGUUAAUGGGGUCCUCAAUUUUCUUCCUAGAAUUUGGAGGCCUCUUCAGAAUGUUGACUAUCUGACAGGUGACUCAGAAGGUCCUGUUCCUGGUCAAUGAUCUAUAACAUGGGCCAAAACAUUCCCAACUUGAAUGUCUAGAAUGUGGAAUUGGUUCAUUUUCCUGUUCAGUGAAAUGGACACAGAACAAAAGAACCCAGUGUCCAGCAAGAAUUGCCUUGCCCAAACCUACGUCUACGCCAAAGGUCAAGGCAGUAAGGUGUUCUUGGGAGCCACACUUAGACUCUUUCCAAAGAUGUGGAGGGAACAGAUGGACUCAUCUAUGAUCUUGGUUGGAAACCACCACAGUUCUAUCCCCAUCCAGAUCUUUGCUUGUGGCAGCUGUUUCUCAUGAAGCUAAUAAAAUUCUUUCUCCAAAGUU